AUGAGUGCAUCAGCGGCAGCAGCAUCAGCAGCACCACGAGUGCUCUACCGGGGCCCGCCUGGCUUGAAGAAAGCGAUCUACUACUUCAUUGGGACCGUCUUCACAGGAGCUGGUUGCUUUCAGGGCUUCCUCCUUACACAACAUCUCAGCUGGCCCAUCUUCACACGAGAUCCAGAGAAAACCAAGUUGGCACCGCCGAUGCUACGAUACACAGCAGGAGCUGCCGUCGCUGUAACGGCUGGUGGAUUGGGAAUGUUCUUCUUCUGGACCCCGUCGCGACUUGGGACACGGGUGACAUUAUACCCAGCUACAUCACAGAUUGGCAUUCGAACAGCAGCACCACCAUUCCGCGCCUUUUUGCCUCCAUCCAUGCGCUCGCGAAGAAGCGCACCGCUCAACCCGAAAGAUCAGAGUGAACGAUUCCAUCCACUGGAUGCACUCUACCGACGAGACAGGACAUCGGCGGUCGAGAUCGAAAAGUUCGCGCAGGGCAAAGGCAGGCGUGUAGCAUCAGCAAGUUCGAGCAAGCGACAGAAGGUACCAUCAUCCCUCUUGCUGGGGGAGGACGUCACAUUUGGAUACCAGCUCGAGGCCGCACCCACACCGCUUUUCAAGACGAACGCGAAAAAUCUGUACACCCAGUACUGGUCGCGAUUCAAACUCAGUCUCCGUGGCGAGACGGACUGGUCUAGGGUUGCGGGCGAACAUGAACUGACGCCAGCUGAGAGGACAGCAAAGAGUCAGUUGCAUUCCAAAAAUCCUUGGUUCUUGGACCGCAAGAACUUUGACAAUCUGUUCCCAGCCAGGACCUACGGCUCAAAGUCACAGUAA